AUGCUCCGCGACGAGCUUCUCCGGUCUAAGCACGAUGAGAUCGCAAACUGUUUGUUGUCGCGCAAGCGAAAACUGACCGAGUUGUAUUAUGCGACCGUGGGUUUUGAGGGCGCGACCGCCGACGCUCUUUAUCAGCAGAAGGAACAGGCUUUUCUCGACGCCAACGACCUUUCCAAAGGUCGGUACUUCGACGAAUCUACUCUGCCAUCUCCCACCCAUGCGCGCGCGCGUUCUCCCAGCAGAAAACCAGUCGCGUCUGUACUCUCCGACAGCAAGGCUCACCCUGCCGCUGGCAUCACGCCGCCACCGACAGUAGAUGACACCGCUCUUUCGUUUGCGACCGAAGCCAGUCCGCAGGGAACGCCCGUCGUGUCCAAACCCGGGACCGCAGCCCCCGGUGUCGCAUCAACUACAAAGGAUGCGCAGGCAUCCUUUGCGUCAGUGACCAGCCCAAAGGUCUCUCAGGGCGCGGAUUUGUCUGCACCGACUGCGCCAUCCAACAAAACCGACGACCAAAAGGCGAGCGCAUUGGUGCCACAGACUCCACUCAGCUCCCAAGCCCGCGAUGGAGCAGAAGUCAAGGGUUCUCCUGGGGCAGCGAGAUCCGCUGCGACGAACGCGACACCAUCCCUCGAUAUCCCUCAAUCUCUUCCCCGAAAGAAACACGACUCUCGACCUUCUCUUACUCUAGGCCCAUCAAACGCCGAACAACCUCUCUCGCCUGCUUCCUCUAUCGAUCCCUACUCAAAUAACACACCCAUUCCAGUUGUCGCCUCACCCGAUACGAGCCCCGGCGAGGAAGUGACCGAUGUCAGUAAAAUCGGUCGCUCGAGUCCUAAACAGACUAGAUCUACACACGCGCGUCCAGGCCUGGUCCCUGCGACUCCCGAUGAACAAUUGCGACUGGAAGAAGCACAAUCUAUGCAGCAGAAGAGCGGGCAAAGCAUGGGCGAUGCCGGGUUACCUUCGUCGAACGAAGUCAUCCAGGAAAGCGUUGAUCCGAGGACUGAUAAGGAUGAAAUGGAUGUCGAUCAAGAACCCGCUGUCGAGCCUGCCGAGUCUAAACUCCCAGAUGGAACGGCUAGCUUAUCACCAACUGAGCAGUUUCCCGAAGGAGCUCAGGCUGCUGGCGAUGCUCUCGAGACACCUAACAAGAAGCCCGCCAGCAUUCCAUCUACUCAUCCCAGCUCCACACAACCGGAACGCAUGACCACUCGAGUAUCGUCCGGAGCCAUUCGCCAUAAGUCUGUUUCCGAAAUUCUUGGAGAGACACCGAAAGCCUUCGCACACGACCGAAGCCAUGGCGACGAGACGCCCGACAGCGUUGCACGGAUGCGCUUCAAGGAUCGCAAAGAUCGAGAGAAGGAAAGGACCAGGCUCUCGACAGUUGUUUUCCCCAAGCAGACUCCAACCCAGCAAGAUAAGGCCGACUCAUUGGAUCUCAUCCACCUUGACUCGAGCCAUGCGGUUUCAAAGGUGAAUGAGGAGCAGGACUAUCUGUUCACUCUAUUUUUGAACAGGGCUUAUGCUCCUCCUCGAGGUAGCCACCUGAACACUCUCCUUACAUCCGCCCACAAGACUUUGUCGACCUCAAAUCAUUUGCUCGAAUACCAGGAGCAAAUGGACUGCCGGACUUUGCGUCGCAUCUAUGCACUUCAGAAUGCGAACCGUUGGCCUCUCCGCCAGAUGAAGCGGUCUAUGGAACCCCCUCGCCAGGGAAGCCACUGGGAUGUGCUUCUUGACCAUAUGAAAUGGAUGCGAACGGAUUUCCGCGAAGAACGAAAAUGGAAGAUUGCGGCAGCAAAGAGUUGUGCUGAUUGGUGCGCGGAGUACGUCAACAGCGACGAGGAGCACAAAGCGCUGCUUCGUGUCAAUGCGAAGAUUCCUGCACCAAACACCGCAAUCCAGGAUAUCUCCAGGAAUGUGGCUUCACCUUCGGAGGACACUGGCGACGAAGCAGUUGCCGCAUCUCACCCGACGCCAGACCUCGUCCCAUCCGCCGAAGAGGAAUCGGUCAGCGAUGGCUUUAACGAUGAGCCACGCCAUGAUCUGCAUGAUACAGUCGCCCCGGCAGCCAUCUUUUCUUUGGGUUCUGACGAGUUUAAUUUCUCAAUCGACAUGACCCCUGCUGCCGAGAAAUUGCUGGAUGAGCUUCCGCUCUACGAACCUGUUCGCAUCGCACCCGAGACACAAUUGCCAACAUUCAAACAACCCCCGGAUUCGGUUUGGAAAACAGAGCUUCUUCCCGUGUCGAAGUUUGCCUCUACCAAGAUCACUUUCCACGACGACGAGCGUCCUCGCAAACGAAGCCGAUACGAUUACUCUCAAUAUACUUCUGAUUUGGAUCACCGCAUCACUGAGAUUCCCCCGGAGCAGACUAAUGUGGCCCUCUUUCGACCUGAGAACAAGCACAUUCGCGACCGUAUUCACCCCGGCCAUUCCUUCCGGCCUCCCACCGAGCAUCCGAUGCCGUCUGUUGGGUUCUUCGAAUCUCGACAGUCGUCGCAGUGGACCAUUGCAGAAGAUGAUGAACUUCGCCGCCUGGUUAAGGAGUAUUCCUACAACUGGUCCCUCAUCUCUAGCUGCCUGACUUCGCCGUCGUUAUUUACUUCUGGAGCCGAGAGGAGGACACCUUGGGAGUGUUUUGAGCGUUGGGUGGGCCUGGAGGGACUUCCUGCGGAUAUGUCCAAGACGCAGUACUUCCGAGCUUAUCACCAACGUCUUGAGACGGCUCAGCGAACUGUGUUGGCGCAACAGCAGGCUGCUCAACAGCAACAGCAACAAGCCGCCAAUAACGGCCAAGUCCAACAGCCUGUUCGCCGACGAACCACUCAGCCUCUGCGCGUGGAUCGUCGGAGAUCUUCGAGGCAUCUUGCGUUGCUUGACGCUAUGCGGAAGCUGGCUAAAAAGCGUGAGACAAUGCUGCAAAAGCAGCAGCAUGCUUCUCACCUUGCCUCUUUGAGGAAGGCUAACGAGGCUAACCAGCCCAAGCCUCCUAUUUCGUCACCAGCAGAGUUCAGCCGUCUCAAGCAUGAGCGGGAAAUGAAAUUGCAAGAGCGGCAAGAGGCUUACCGCCAGCAAAUGAUCACUCAGCAGCGAGCUAACCUCGCCGCUCAACGUGCUGGUCAAAUGCCAAACCAACAGCAGCAGCAGCAAAUGAUGAAUGCCCAGGGUCGAACUCCCAACAAUCUGCCUCCCAACUCGACCAACGGAGGUAUGCCCAAUGGGGUGCCUAAUGGUAUGCAGGCAGGUGUCGCUGUCAAUCAAAACCGCACCCAGCCCAUGCAAGGCAUGCCUGCUGGAACGACACCCGUCAGUGGUCAAAUGCAGAAUAACGCCAUGGCGAUGAAAAUUAUGCCACAGGGUCAAAUCCAGCAGGGUGUUGGCGCGAGGCCUGGGGUGCCAAUGCAAGCCUCCCCGGAUAACGCGCGGGUGAUUCGGGAAGCGAAUCGGCUGCAGGAGCAGCAGCGUCUUCUGCAAUCACGGCAACAACCUCAGCAGAUCCCCCAGCAGACAAGCCAGCCUCAGCAAGCGCAGCAACAGUUCCAUAACCAGCAGUUUGCACAAGGAUCGCACUCUCCGAACCUUAACAUGCCGAACGGUCCCAGUAACCCUGCUAUGAUCGCUGCCAUGCAAGCCCAGGGAGGAAUGCAGAGCCCGUCGUUCCACGGUGGCACACCACAAGGUGUGUCGACCCCGUCGCCUCGCAUGGGUCAAUCCAACCCUCUCUCGAGCGGGGUUGUGCCAACCAUUAGCAACUAUCAAAACCAGAUCCAGCGGGCCAACCCGAAUCUGCCUCCAGAACAGGUGAACAAACUGGCGACGGACCGUCUCAAUCAGUAUCAGCAACAGCAGCAGCAGCGCAUGUCCCAGCAAGCGGCCAUGAACGCAGCUGCAGGUGGCAUGGGAAACGUUCAGGCCAACUAUCAGGUUCCGCAUGAUGGCAACUUUCAAACUCCGCCUCAGCCCGGCGUGCCCAAUGGCAAUCUGGCAAUGCAGGUUCCCCAGAACCAAGGCUUCUCUCCAAUGAUGCGGGUUCCUCAGGCCAACCAGCAGAACCGGGUCAAUGUCACCAGCUCGCCGGCCAUGAACGGCGCAGUUCCUCAAACCAGUCGCAGCGCGACCCCCCAAACUCAACGCAGCGGCAGCGGCAGCGCCCAAGCUGGCGCGGUGCAGGGCUCUAGCAAGAGCCCACACCCUCCAACAGUGCAGACAGCGACCAGCUAA